AUGAUGGGAUAUGGGGGUCAUUCAUUUCACCAGCAACGGCAAGCUCAGCAGAAUGCCCAUCCUCAGCAACAGCAACAUCUCCAGUCCCCGUCGAUGGGGGCCGCUGCUGCGGCUGCGGCUGCCACGCAUCAACACCAUAACAGUGGUAUCGCUGGGAACAAUUCCCUUCUGCGCGGUCAACAGCAAACCGAUUUGGCAGCUCAUUCUCCAGAUCUUCGCAAGAUGACUCCGUCGUCAUCGGCGCCGCUAGUGGGAAUUCCCACAGCCGGCAAUUUCGCUUCCUUCCCUGGCCAUUUCACGCCCCAGGGUUCAUCCGAUCUGCUGUCUCGAGGUGCCGAAUCUGUGAGUCAAUUAAAAGACCCUUAUCUCUCGCUGCAGAGCUUGCAGAGGAAUAUGAAUCCCAUGGCUAGUUUUCGCGGGCACCCCGCGGCGGCCAUGAACGCCCAGGCAGCCAUGUCGCCGCACGCGCAUGCCAUGGGUUUGUCGUCGCCGCAGCAGUCGAUGGACCGCAUGCAACAUGCGCAGUAUCAACACCGGCAGACAACGCAUACCCACCCGGCGCAAACUCCCACGACGGCGUCGCCCAUGUUGGCCGCGGCCCAGCCCCAGCAGCAGCAUCAGUACCAACAGCAACAGCCGCAGUACCAGUCGGCACAGCAGCAGGCGCAGUAUCAAGCAACGCAACAGGCUCAAUAUCAACCGCAGCAGCAAGCACAGUAUCAGCAAGCUCAGCAGUCUCCCUACCAACAGGCUCAGGCCCAGCCUCAGUAUCAAGCACAAGCGCAGCAGUCGCCUUACCAGCAGCAAGUGCAGCAAACUUUCCAACAACAGCAAGCUCAACAGGCACAACAGGUCCAGCAACAAGCACAACAGCAAGCACAGCAGUCCUAUCAGCAGCAUGCUCGGUACCAAUCGCAGCAGGCCCAGCGCUCGCCGUAUCAAUCACAGGCCCAGCAGCACCCGUUCCAACAAGCUUAUCAGCAGCGCCAAUAUCAGCCGCAGCAACAAGCACAGUAUGCGCAACAAGCGCAACAACACCAGCAACGGCCACCGCAGUCGACAACGCCGUCAACCAUAGGGGGAAGUGCAGAACUCUCAGUCCAAGAGCCAGAGGCGGAAGAGACUAAAACCAAGCGACGUCCGAAGCAAACCAAAGCGACUGUAUCUCCUGCGAUAUCAGCGAAACAAGUGAAUGGUCAACCGCCGGCGGUAUACGCCACAGACGCUCAGACUCAGGCUCAUGCCCAGGCUCAAGCUCAAGCACAGGCCCAGGCCCAAGCGCAGGCCAAGGCUCAAGCACAAGCACAAGCACAGGCUCAGGCUAAGGCACAAGCUCAGGCUCAAGCGCAAGCUCAGGCUCAAGCUCAUGCACAAGCUCAGGCUCAAGCUCAUGCUCAGGCCCAGCAACAGCAACAGCAACAGCAACAGCAACAGCAGGCCCAGCAAACCCCGGGGCAACCUCAAGCUCCAACACAGGACAAGCCCGCGUCGGCAGACAAUACCGGGACUCCUAAAAAACGAGGUCGCCCGCGGAAAUCCUUAGUCCCAGGAGAAGAAGGCAAGACACCGAAGCCUAGAAAGACUCCAUCCAAAGCAGCGGCAGCCGCCGCCGCCGCGGCGCAAGGCAACAAUGCGACACCUACCUCGGCUGCCAAAGCUACAGCUACAGCGCCGGCCAUAGCUCCAGGAGUACAAGCACAGGUCCAGGCACCCCCUCCCGCCGCGCCUGGCACCACGCUUAAUGCAGACGGCACCAUAGUACCGCAAAAGAGACGCCGCGGACGCCCACGCAAGUCUGAAAUUGACCCCAAUGCUCCGCCAAAGCCCAAGCCUCCCCGCAAACCAGCUUCAUCGAAACCGUCCGGUACGGGGCGUCCUCGUGGGCGUCCUCGUAAGGCCGAUGUCGCUGCUCGACAGGCGGCCGCCGAAGCCGAAGCGCAAGCGAAAGCGCAAGGCCAGCAACCUCCAACACCAGGCCAGGGUCAACCCCAACCUCAAGCACAGCUACAACAGGCCCAGGGCCACGUUCAACAUCAUCAACACCAACACCAACACCAGCCACAGCCACAGCCGCAACCGCAACCGCAACCGCAACCACAACCGCAAACUCAAGCAAAGGCUCAACCUCAUUUGCACGCUCAACCACAAAUGCAGGUGCAACCACAGAUACCAACCCAAAAUCAGAUGCAAGCUCAGCCUCCGAUCCAAGCCCAAUCAACAAUGCAGGUUCAGCCCCAAUUGCACGCCCACCACCACCAACUCCAGAUGGCCCAUCAGCAUCACCCGCAGCACCAUCCGCACCCACAGCAGCAUCAACAGCAUCCCCUUUCACAUGUGCAUCAGCACCAGCAUCCCCAAGCUCAGCAUGCACAGCACGCACAGCACGUGCAACAUGCGCACCAGCACCCGCAUGCACAAGCGGAUGCAAUGGCCCUAAACCCAGCUCAAAAGCGUGGACCACCAUCUCUAGACGAUGACCCACGCAAACGAGCCUAUAUCAUGCCACAGAUGUAA